GUCCUUCGUCUAGGGCCGAGGAGAACAGAAAAGGGGUAAAGUAAGCGGAGGAGAGAGAGAGAGCAAUGAGCGGAGGCGGCGGAGGAGGAGAGAAAGGUGGUGCGGCCCCUAAGACUCCUGCGGAUUUCUUGAAAUCUAUAAGGGGGAGACCGGUGGUGGUGAAGCUGAAUUCGGGCGUCGAUUACAGAGGUAUUCUAGCAUGUCUGGAUGGAUAUAUGAACAUCGCGAUGGAGCAAACUGAAGAAUAUGUCAAUGGUCAGCUGAAAAAUAAAUACGGCGAUGCUUUCAUCCGAGGAAAUAAUGUUCUCUAUAUCAGUACAUCAAAGAGGACACUAGCAGAAGGGGCUUAGAGAAAAUGGAGGUGUUAUCCAAGUGAGUUGAAGAUAUGUUGCAGAUGCCACUUUGUCGGGUAGCUUUUGAUUUGUGUAUGCAUUGACAUUUUAUCAACUUCACAAAUUAUCCUGCAACCUUGUGGACAAAAACUAUAUGAAUUUGAAUGAUGAAUGCAACUGUUUUCUUCUAGAAAUCAUGCAGU